AUGCUUUGGGUUGGGACUGUGCCAACAGACGAUCUAAAGGAACAUCUUGCUGCGUUUUCUGACAAGCUCGGCCCAUCUUUGAUAAAACUAGAUCAUACGGAUGUUGAACAAGAAUAUGAUGGCCACAAGGCUGACAAUGAAGUUGAUUAUUUUGAUUUUGAUGAGGAUUUUAAGGAGGAGGACCAUGACCCCUUGUUGCCCAGAAACGAAUAUGAUCUUUAUGUUGAUAAAGUCUCAUUGGCUUCUUCUGGGCCCACUACCACCACAGGUUCUGUGUUUGAUGAUGAAAAUUAUGAUGAGGAGGAAAUUGAAGAGCAAGUGGAACAUGAUCAUGUGGUUGCAACUGAAAACAAAGUUGAUGUUGAUGUUGAUGUUGAUGUUCAAACUAUUUCUUUACCAGCUGAGGAGUGUCAAGUGUUUUCAGAUAAAAGUUGCAAUUUAACUCCCACUCCACGGCCAGUUCUAUGCAUAGAAGAUGGAUUGGCUAUCUUACGAUUUUCGGAAACCUUUGGUGCAGAUCAUGAUAGGCUUAGCUACUCCGCUCCUAAACAUAGGCAUACGAAAUCCAUGGAUGUUUCUGAUGAUAUUGUUGAAGACGACGAAGAAGAGGCAUUCUUGCAAGGAUUUCAGUCUUUGACAGUGAAACAUGGCAUCUCAGAGUCCUCAUUCAAGGAUGAUGAUUCGAACUUCACAAAAUUAAAAGACUCGUGUUUCGUUGCUGAACCAAUGAAACAGGAUCUAACAGUAUAUGUUUCUGAGGAAAGGGAAAGGCAAUCACCAUUGGUUUCUAAAUUUUUCCCUCUUGAUCAACAAGACUGGGAAGAUGGAAUUGUUUGGGGCAAUUCUCCUAUAGCAAGUGACAGUGACGUUGAGAGUUGUGAAAUAUCAGGACCUGAUCAUGAAGCCUCAGUUAAAAAUGACACAGAACUUGAUAAUGGGCCACAAAAUAUGCUGCAUAAUAGCUCAUCUAGUAAUUCAUCACUUACUUUCUCAGCAAGCAGAAUUUUGCGCCUAGACGUGGAUGACCAUGCACACGGUACAAGGCAGAAUGCUGGUGAGAAGCUUCAACAGAGUCAUGGUGUGAGGCAAUUAAUUCGCAAACUUGCUUCACAAAACCGGGACAUGCUGGAAGGAUCUUGGUUAGACCAAAUAAUAUGGGAGCCUGAUAGUGAUACACCUACAGAGAAGCCAAAGCUUAUCAUUGAUCUUCAAGAUGAGCAAAUGCUUUUUGAGGUUUUGGAUAACAAGGACAGUGAACAUCUAAGGCUUCAUUCAAUGGCCAUGAUGGUCUCUCGCCCCCUAAAGCCGAGCAAUGGAGAUUCUUUUGAGCUGACAGAUAAUGAAGGUCAAUUUGGUUGGCAAGAUGUUGCAGGUGAUAGAUAUUAUUCAAAGAGCAAAACUGCUUCUCAAUCGAAAUCAAAUUCUAAAAAACACACAGUGACAGGCAUAAAGGUUUAUCAAUCCCAACCUGCACUGGGGAAGAAAAAGUCUGCUGCUUGUCGAGGACGCACCACUGUUACUGGAGCAGAUCAUACUGAUCCGCGCAAACUAAGCAUGGAGGCUGCACGAGAGGUUCUUCUUAGAUUCGGUGUUUCUGAUGAACUGAUUGCGAGGCAGACUAGAUGGCAUCGGAUUGCAAUGAUAAGCAAGCUUUCCAGUGAGCAAGCUGCAUCUGGGGUCAAAGUUCAGAGUUUUUCUUCAGCCAUAGGUGGGGACGAAAAUGAGAAUGGCUGUGAAGGAAAUAAUGGCGAUCUAGAUUCUUUUAAGGGCGAUUUGGAAAAUCUGCUUGAUGCAGAAGAAUGUGAUCAAGAAGGUCUGGGCAUAGGAGGUGACCAUGAAUCCAAGCAUAAUAAACCGGAUGGUGCCAAAGGGCUUAAAAAGAGAAGCCGGCCAUCCAUCCUUCAGACAGAAGAGGAAAUUGAAGAUGAAGCAGCUGAACAAAGCAGGCUUCUCAUGGAUGAUGAUAAGACUGCGAGGAAGAAGAAGAAAGUAAGAUUUGUGGAGGAGGAAGCAGGGUUGGCUUCUGGCUUGCAAACAUGUUUUGGUAUCGAAAAUCCGGGGAGGCCAUUGAAGCAAAUUAUUGGUGCAGCCAAAGCUAAGGGAUCCUAUACUUCAAAAGAGAAUCCAGUGGGAGAUGCAAAAGUUGCUGGUAAUCUUCCCAAAAGAAACAAGACCGGAAAAUGUAAAGGAAAUAGAAAUAACGAUACUACUGAAGAUACAGAUCUGAUGAUUAAGAAACUGAUAAUAUCAAUAAAUGGAGAUAAGGGGUUUCAGGAGAAGAAGUCAGCGAGACAGAGUUUCAACGGUGGAGCAUGUGAUCAGCCUGGACACAUGAGAACAAACAAGAACUGCCCCAAGUAUAUUCAUGGAGAAGAUAUCCAUAGAGCUUCUCAAAAAUCGGCUACUCUAAAUCCAUCUUGUCAAUCUCAGCCGAAAACAAGGGCAAAGGAGCUGAUACCUAAAAGCUCUGCAACUAAAAUUUCGGUGAUUGAAGCUUCCCAGGUUGAAAACCAUGGUCUGAGCACAAAGCUUCCUAGAUUGAAAUUCAAAUGUGGGCCUAACAAAAUGAAGUCUGAAAAUGUGCCAGUUGAACCCCCUAGUGUGAACCAUGAUACUGAAUCACAAAGGGCAACUGUUGUUAUACAGGCACCAGCAAAUACAGAUAGAGAAGAGGUGGAAAGUUCCCAACAGAAAGGGCCAUCUGCGGAAGCGAAGAAAGAACUGCAUCGAUAUCAUAAGAAAAUUGUAAUUAAACUUCCAAAAAAACUAUUGAUUUUAGAUCAUGAUCAUCAGGUCGAUUUGCGUAAAGAAAAUAUACAACUUUGA